AUGGCGCUCGCUCAUGAGGGCUGGGUCGUCGCCGCUGGUGACGACAUGUUCGCCCAGCUGACGCCGUUCACGAAGGCUGCCGGUGAAUCCGGUUCGGCACAGGGCAAGGAAUGGGCGGCUCUGGCUCUGGGUGAGACCCAUGGCGUGGGCAUUACUGCAGAUGGAUCCGUAUAUCAAUGGGGUGACGACAUGACUCAUGGCAUCACACGCAUGGUUGCCCUUGAGACGCUUGUGGUGGCCAAGGUCUCGCUGGGCUCGGAGCACUACAUCGCUGUCACUGCUGAUGGCGGCCUCGUUGCCUGGGGUCGCAACGACGUCGGCCAGCUCGGUCUUGGUAAGGCCACACCAGGCGCGGUCUCCAAGCCGAAGCGCGUCCGCCUCCCGCGUGUCAUCGACGCCAUCGCCGCUGCCAACUUCACCCUCGCCCUCACCGACGAGGGCACCGUCUUUGCCGCCGGUGACAACACAGACGGCCAGCUCGGCAUCGGAUCGACCAACAAUGCGCCGGCGUUUGCCUCGGUUGCGCUCCCAGUCGGCAUCGCUAUCGUCGGCAUCGCCGCAGGCGCCUCACAUGUUCUCCUCCGCGACUUUGAUGGCUCAGUCUGGGCCGCGGGCGCCAACCGUCACGGACAGCUUGGCCUUGGUACGUCGGCGCUUGGCCGCGCCGCCAAGUUCCCGUCACGAGUCAAAGGCGUCUCCGACAUUGUCGCUGUCGCCGCCGCCGGCGAUUCCUCGGCCGUUCUCGACGCUUCGGGUCGGGUCUUUACCUGGGGCGCCGGCGCCCGCGGCGUCCUUGGCCAAGGCUCCCUGGCCGAUGCGCCGGCCCCAGUCGCCAUCGCCGCCUUUACUGCUUCUAUGUCGUCGAUCGCCCUCGGCCCCUCCGCGCUCUUUGCUAUGGAGGCCGAGUCUGGCGUGGUCUGGGCCUGCGGCUCGACGUCCCACGGCCAGCUGCUGCUCGACGAGGCUGUCGUUGACGACGGCACUCUGGUGCCGAUGGAGACCUGCAAGGACGACACUGGCGGGAAUGACACUACCCCGCCCAGCGCAGCAGCGGAAGACGCUGCCAAGUUCAUCCUCACUCCGCGUCCUAUCCCCGAAUCGCCGUCGUGGCGCGUUCACGGCAUGGCGCUUGCCGCUGAUGUGACGCUGGUGGCGUGCCGAGGCGACGGCGGUGCAGAUGCAAACGAGCAGCCUUCACUCACUUUUCCGGUCCUCACCCGCGUCAAUUUUCAGGCGCUCUCGUGGGCUGCGCUCUCGGAACUCUCGUCCGAGACGCCGACGCCCGAAUAUGAGCGAAAGUUUCUGGAGGAGCUCCGCGGCGCCUUUGCUUCGCCGCCGACGCUCAACAUGUCGUUUGUGGCGCGGGAAGAGGGAAGCUGUAGACACGAACUCGAUCUCGAUCUGGCGACAACGUUCUUCGAACACAUCAACACCGCGCCGGUCGCGUCGCGGGUCCCGAUGUCGCUCCUCGCCCACGUCCUCCGGCUCUGCCGCUCACUCCGUUCGCUGGUCUCGGACUCGCCGGCGUACUCGCUGAGGUUUCUGCACCUUGUCGGCCUCGCCAUUGACGAGCGGGCUGUGCUCGAGUCGCCGGCGUCGUAUCUUGAUGCGAUCGGGCAGUUCUGCAAGGUCGUGGCAGGCUUGCCGCCCAAGCUGCUCGACAGCUACGUCGAAACGCUGGUGCUGUACCCACAGCGCGCGUUCCAGCGGCUUGUUCGCAUUGUGAUUGCCUCGUUUGACGGCAUCCUCUCGCCAUACACCCAGAGGCAGGCGCCGGCGCGCCCGAUCAAAGCUGUGCUUCCGCGCGCCGUCCAUGAGGUGCUCGCCAUGAUUGCGGUGCUGUGGCAGGCCAACGGGCUUCGCUCGCAAGAGGCCGAGUCGGCGCUGGCGGCUCUUCCAAGCUCAGCCUUUGAGGCCGCAAGCUUACGGCCAUCGCCAGACGCGCUCUCGCUGUUGGCCAACCACACGGUGGCGUACACAGGGGCUAAGCGAUCUGCGACUCGGCUCGGAGCCACAUCGUUCAACGUUUGCAAGACGCCGUACAUUGUGCCGCUGGCGUCCAAGACUGCGCUCCUCCGCUCCGAGUUUAAGAACCGGCAGAACACAGCAGUGCAGCAGGCGGCGCUGGCAUCGCUCUCGAUGGGCAGCCCGGUGAUCGAGCCACCGGCGCUGCACCUCCCGAUCCGGCGCGACUUUAUGUCGCUCGACAUGAUCAACUUGCUCAAGGAAAUGGGCGACGAGAUCGACGCUGACCCGGGCCUCCCGCUCCGCAUCCAGUUCACCGAGGAGGAGGGCAUCGACGACGGCGGCCUCACCCGCGAGCUCUUCACCACUGUGGCGCACGAGCUCUUUGCUGACACCGCCGGCCUCUUUGUCGUCAACGCUGCCGGGUACGUGACCAUCGAUCCGUGCCCGACCCGCGAGCUGGACGACUACCGGGCGGUCGGGCGGUUUGUGGGCCUGGCACUGUAUGCCGGUGCACAGCUCGGCGUCCACUUUCCGCCGCACAUGAUGCGGAUGCUGCUCGCGGAGCUGCGCGGCGAGCCGUCGCCGGCCCACGAGUUUGGCCUCCGCGAGCUGAGCGAGCUCGACGCCCAGCUCGCGCACGGCCUCCAGUGUCUGCUCGACUACGCCGGUGACGUCGAGUCGACCUUUUGCGCCAACUUUACGCUGCGGCUCGAGUCGCCGUCGGGCACGCGUGAGGUGGAGCUGCUGCCGGGCGGAGCCGACAUUGCGGUGACGGCGCUCAAUCGCGACACUUAUGUCUCCAAGUACGUGGAGAUGGUGCUUGCCGGCGCAGUGGCCGAGCCGUUUGCGGCGUUUGUGGCCGGCUUUGGCGCCACGUCCAAGUUUGGCUCGUCGACGCUUCUGCACGCUCCGACACGAUGGACAUGGAGGCGCUACGCAGCAACACACGGUACGCUGGUGGGUACACGCCGUCGUCUGGCCCCGUCGCUCGGUUCUGGGACUACGCCCUGGCUCUGA